AAUCCGUCGAUCCAGUCUCGACAUCAUCAUCACCGAUGGUGUUGGAAUUCAUCGGAUCUAUCCACCGAGCUCUGGUUGCGCAGCGUCAGUUUUUAUCAGCGACAAGUAGAGUCGAGAAGGUGCGUAGACAGUUCGCGGCCGCGAUACUCCCUCUGUUUACAAAUAGCGGGCAGUAAUAGCUGCAGGAGCAGUAGUAUUAUAGUAGUAGUAAAGAGUACGAAUAGUACCCGUACGUAGUAGGUGCCGUAGUGGUUGGUAGCAGGUAGUAUUGAGACGUGACUUAGUCUGCUCCUGCUGACAAUAAACCAAUGUUUGGCUACGACGAAAAACAACCGCGAUCCUUUCUUCACCUGCAUCAGUGCACGUUACCCUUCAUGGGAAGUCGCUCGUGUUCCGUUGCUCUUCGCACUUUCCUGGAUAAUUUUUGAUCCUGUACGAAGCACCUGUGGUCCGACGUUACGGAUUUUGCUGAAAAUCCAGUGUUCAGAUUGAUCGAUUGUCAGUUUUUGUUAGUGUACUAGUGCCUUCCUUAUAUCGACAUUGGUCGAUUUGAUCUGAUAAUAUUUUUCACACGCACGCACACAUAUAUAUAUAUAUAUAAAUAUUUAUAAAAUUAGUGUUAGUGCGCUCAAGACGCCUUUGUGAUUCUACCUAGGAUCAUGCUGGGUGAUGCUCAAAGCGGCACCACUCGCCCCUGACAUACUGGAUGAGCCCUUAUGUGUUCAAGAUAUCACAGCUUUUAGUAGUACUGGCUCUAGUUAUGAUGCUGAAUAUUGACUUGGCCCUCUGUGGACCUUUUCGUAAUGAUCUGCAACGUGUGAAACCGGCGGCGUUUUACAAUGACUGCUCGAAGAGGUAUCUAAGGAUACGGGGCAAAGAAGUCACGGCAGACGCUGACGAAAAACACAAACUUUAUAUGAUCACACUCACCGAUUCUCAUGGGUUUCUGUUAUUCGAUCCAACGGCCAACACAUUCUUCUGCUGGAAGAAAGCAAAAAAGAACGUACAAUUAAAACUCACUGCACGGAGGAAUCCGAAAGAUCUUUCGAUGUGUACCUUUGAAGAGUUACCAGUGAAUGGCGCAUCAACGAAGUACGUUUCGAUGAAGAACAAAUCUCAAAUGAUGCUCUUCAGGGCCAACGGUUCGCAACUGUUGACCAGAAGAGGCAUGACCAAGCGGAGGUGUCAGCCGGAGAGCUUCAUCCAAGACAAGAAUCAUUUCAAUGAGACGGCAUACGAGAGCAAAGACGAAUUCUGCCGGAGAAUGAAGCGAAUCAAGCACAAGCACAAGAUGGCAGACGAAAUAAAAAAUCUUUGCGGUAUCACGACACCCGUUCAAAUGAGGAAACGCCGUAUGUAAAACAAAAUGGUCUAAUAUUCGACAUCCAACGUUCUUACCAUUGCGAAGUCCAAAAGUCUUUAUAGAUGUCAACUAAAAACAAAGAACAAUAAUAUUCAAUGUAACGCGUUUUGUUUCGUCUCCAAUGUUACGGGGCCAUUUGGAUUACGUUUUUAGAGGUUGAAAUUUAUCGCUGAAUUGGUUUGUGGACUUGGUUAUUUUUCUAAAACGUUGUGGUUGUUAUUGGAUAUUGUUUAAAGAGACUGCUUCUACGUAUAAGUGAUAAAUGUACGCCUCUCCCCAUGCAUCGUCGGCAAAAGUCACAAUAAUAAUAAUAAUAAUAAUAAUAGUAGAGAAUAAUAAUAUUAAUAACAAAUAGUAAUACCUAUUAUUAAUAAUAUUCCAGUGCAUUUCUGUAUCAGUAUUCAAUACAUUCCGUGUUUAAGAGAAAGGACUUCAAACCUGUCUGGAGUUUAUUAGAACCACGUGUAUUUUUUUGUACAAAUUUUUAUUAGGAUUUUAUUUGACCCCCAUGGGGUUUUCUUAACAUUGUUUACGUAUUAACUUCGUUUUUGCAGUUAUUUAUUUCUCCAUUAGCUUAAGGUAAUUAUUCCAAAUCGAAUGUAUUCUUUCUAUUUAUUGAUUUUAACCAGAUAAAAAGUUUCGUACUUAAUCGAAAGCUAGUAUGUGAAGGAGCGGAUCGGGAAUAAAUAGGUUUAAAAUUUAAAGGUUGCCAAAUUUCUUCACAAUUACCAUUUAAUUAAAGAUUAGUAUGUAUUUUCUUUCCCGGGCCAACCAAUUGUAAAGGGAACGUCCAUCAAAUACCACGUACCUAAUAAUGUGUAUAUUUUUUUAGUUUUUCAUUACCGCAAAAAAGCAAAUAAAUUUUGAGAAUAAGAACAAAAUACUAUCCAAAAUAUGUUG